UUCGGCUGGCACGCGCGAAGGGCCCCCGCGACGUGGGGGCGCCCGGGCCCCGGCGCGGGGAGACGGAGGAAGCGGCGGAGGAGGGAGCGAGCGGGCGAGCGAGAGAGCGCGCGGCGCGCUGGGCCGGCGGGGGGCGGGAGGUGGCACCUUCUGCGCUGCGCCCCCCGCGAGACGAGGGACCUCGUGGCUGAUCCUGCAGGAAGGUGGAUUCUUGGGCUGAAGUCAAGGACCAUGUCCCCGGGUGUGUAGAGAUGAUUUGCAGCUCAGCCCGGUGGCCGCUGACCGGAUGAGACUAUGGGCUGCACCUCCGCCAAGCAUGUAGCCACUGUUCAGAGUGAAGAGGAAGCCCAGAAAGGGAAGAACUACCAGAACGGAGAUGUGUUUGGGGAUGAAUAUAGGAUCAAACCGGUGGAAGAAGUUAAAUACAUGAAAAAUGGGACAGAAGAUGAGCAGAAGGUAGAAACCAGAAACCAAGAAAACUUGGAAAAAAGUGCCAGUUCCAACACCAGACUGAAAACUGGUAAAGAGGUCCCGGGAUUGGUGCACCAGCCCCGAGCCAACAUGCACAUCUCAGAGAGCCAGCAGGAAUUCUUCAGGAUGCUGGAUGAGAAGAUCGAGAAGGGUCGAGAUUAUUGCUCAGAGGAAGAGGACGUUACAUAGCGCCCUGUGCCGCCCCUCGAGUCCGGAGCAACUACUGUGUAAAUAGGUUACACCCCAGUGGAAAUCCAAUUACCAAGGAUUCUUGUCUACACCCAACAGCACUUCAAAGCCGAAGAUGGUGGUUUCGAAGCCUCCGUCCAACCCAUUUGAUCACAGUGUUCCUUCACAAGCUCGCCAAAGGGAGAGUGCUCCCCCCAAAACAAAGCCUUCUGGAACUUUCUUUGUGGGCUGCCACUUAAAGCACUGCUGUCUCUCUUCUCUCGUGUUGGGGUAAGGUGGCAAACUUUUGGAGUGGUGCCUGAAAGAUAACUGGAGUUUUUUAGAGGUUCUCCAGAGGCCAUGGUGAAUCCGCUCUCAGACUUCUAGAAAGUUCCACAGCCAUUUGCCCCGUCUCUUCAAAUGUCCCCCAAAUUCUUGACCCUCCCACCCAGGUUACCCCGUAUGGCCCUUGCUUCCUUCAGGGUGAUGCCGAGCUUUGGGGUAGGGACGGCGGCCACAGCUGUGACGGAGAUGGCGUUAGGCAGACUCAUUGGCCCUGGGCGGGUGUUGGGGGUCUGCACCCCAACUCUGCUGGCAGUGCUCAGAUGAAGUCAAUCGUAAUCACUCCCCGACUUUUUUUCUAAGAAAAUAAACAUUUUACUGUUUUUAUGUAA